CUUUUGCGUGAGGCAGAUUCUUUCGGACUGGAGGAGACCCCAGCUCCCGGCCAGAGCCCCAUGUCGGCCCCGACCGGAAGGCCGUCCCGAUUCACGGGGGGCGGAUAUGGCCAAACGUCUAGUGGGGCACUUACAGCCGGUGGUGAGGGACAUCAUACCUCGGGAGGAGGUAGCCUCUCUCAGUUGCAGUACAGAGAAUUCGUCCUGCGAACUCGCGUCCCACUCGACAGGGAAAAAAGGAGUGUCUUUAUGGGUUAG